CUUUGCUCCCUGGACAAUAAAAGUGGAAAUAAAAAACAGUGCUGCUGAGCUAAGCCUUUCAUUAUCUGUCCUAUUUUACGUUACUAACAUUCAAACUUUAAACAUUUUGGAUUAUGAGGGAAGGAAAUGGCCACAGCGAGGGUCAGAGUGCAUUCAGUUCAGAAUUUCAGCGUCUCUUCUGCCUCAUCCAUGCAGCAGAUCAUCAGUGUCUGGGUGCGGGACCCGCGGAUACAAAAGAAUGAUUUCUGGCACGCCUACAUAGACUAUGAAAUUUGCUUACAUACCGACAGUGUCUGUUUCACCAAGAAGAUUUCGACUGUAAGAAGGAGGUACAGUGAGUUUGUAUGGCUCAGACAGAAACUACAAGCAAAUUCACUGCUGAGAAUAAAGCUACCAGAGCUGCCCCCCAAAAACCCCUUUUUCAGUCUAAACAAUGCUCAGCAGAUUGGUGAUCGGAUGAAAGGCCUCCAGACAUUUCUGGAACAGAUCCUUCAGAGCCCUCUGCUGCUGUCUGACAGUUGCCUGCACCUUUUCCUGCAGUCACAGCUCAGCGUGGCCAAAAUGGAGGCCUGUGCUGCCGGACGGACAAACUAUUCUGUGGCUCAGGCCGUCCAGCGAUGCGGUCUGAGGAGGUUCCACUCAGUGGAGGACCUGCAGAAGGACCUCAGCUUGUCCUGUGACUCUGACUCAGAUAGCUCAGAGUGCAGAGACCCAGAACACAAGAUUAAAGAUUUGGUGCUGAACAAAUCAAAGAGUGCAGGUUUACUCGAGCUCAUGGGAAGCAGUCAAGAGGAAAUGUUAAGCAGCUCGUCUGGUUCUACAUAAAAACAUCAUCGUCAUGCUGCUGGCAGAAUGUUGGAGUCUACUCACACUUAUAUCUCAUACAAGUUUUUUUGGAUCUGUGAACGGGAAAUUGACCUGUUACCCUGUCAUACUGCUCCAAAUUAUUCCAUUUAUAAACACAUCACUACUGAUUAUGGUCACAGUUAGACACUUCAGCUUGAAACUUGGAGAGUAAAUAGCAAUGGAAAUGUAUUAACUGUAUAUUUUGCACAUUAUGUAUUUCACUGAGUCUUAUCCUUGUGCUCUGCCUGCAUUAGCUGUAGCAACAAUUUGCCUAAAGAUGGCAGUGUUGUUGCAUGUAUCUGUUUGUAUGUUCACAUGCUGUAACUGUCUACAUGAGCUUCAUAAACAAACUUCACAGAA